AUGCCUCCGCUCGCCUCCGCUGCUGCUUCACUACUUAACCCACCCGAAGCCGAACAAUUACUUAUGCUACAGUCCUGGACGGUAUACACCACCACCACCACCACCGCUGUCCUGGGCCAUGUAACCCCCGGGGCCAGCGCAUCGCUUUGCCUGCUGCCCUCAUCCUCAUCAUCAUCCUCAUCAUCGUCACCAUCACCAUCAUCACGGUCGGCGUCGUCGUCGUCAUGGCGGGCCAGGAAUAAGCAAAAGCCUUUCUUUUCUUUGAAAGCAACGCAUGAUGGAUUGCCGUCCAGGACCCAACAACCCAAGCAGCAGCAAGUCGCAGCCAUCAGCAGUUCCCGAGUAGGGGCGUGUUGCUGUCAUCAACAGUCUGCCUGCUCCGUCCACCAUAGCAGCAAUGUAAUAUGUCUUGUCUCCAUGCGGUAG